CUUCAGCCGGCAUCCCGAGACGCUCCAGUGGGUGUAUGCUUCGAAGAUUGACAGAGCUUACCGUCAGGCUUUCCACCCACAAGCAUAUGCUCACGCUUGUCCGUUCAACCAACCUAUAUGAUAGUCUCCUGGCACCCAUUAUCUAGACAGAUGUUGCGACAUCCGUCGCCUCCUCCCAGCAAUGAAAAUAUGCUCGCGAUGCCAUCGUCAUGCAUUCAUGCGAAUAACAUUAAAGGUUUUGAAGGUGUUCGGCAAUAAAAUACACGGCAGGCGCGGCCUACCGCCUCCGCUACUUCCCUUUCCGCAGUAGCAAACACCUCACCUCUUGCCACACAAUGACACGUAUCCUUCCUGACUCGCCGCACAAUGGAGGGCUACGAGCGCCGCAAUGCACUGACGUGGGAUCUACACUACGCAGAGAGACCUGAGCAGCCGCAAUCGGGAGGCUGGAAGCUUGUUGACGUUGGUCGCAAGCGUGGCGCCCCAUGUAAACAAGUGCCACUAAAGCUAACGCAUGAAUCGGACAAUGGGGCUCAAGCGGAGUGGCGGGAUCGAAAGCGCCCAGUCGAUGAGGUUCGUAUACCUGAUGAGCUCGCGCUACAAAGGAAACCUUACUAUGAAGAAGUCGCAAAGCGUUACUGCACUUUCAUCUUCUCUCAACACCACCGCAGCACUAGUGGUACAAAGACUCUGGGCAUAUGGGGCGAGAAGAAUGCCGUUAGCGCUACCAAGAAGGAGAUUUUCGACUGGAUUGAAGAGUCAGGCUUCGGUAAUCGCAAGUCUGCCUCUGGUCUCAAAUUUCCUAAAGUCGUCUCUUUAACACCAGUUCUUCGCGAGCGCGAAGAAAGGCGGUGGGAGAAAAGAGUGACCAUGGAGAAGUUCCGCCAGCACCCGCCUCCUGACAAGGUGUUUGGCGCCAUUGGCUCUUUUCACUGGCCCGUCCCAGAAUACAAGCCCGCCGACGUACUGGGAACCCAGUUUGAGGCACUGGAUCCUGUUCGCAUGGACUGCUCCUGUCACGUCGUGUACCACCCAGAGAGAAGCAUCUUCCGCGUACUGGGAAAGGCAUCAGACGUCAAAGAGGGUCUGCUACGCAUACGAAAAGCUUGUUUCCAAAUUGCAGCAUGGCAAGUCAUGCCAAUCCGCCUCACGCUGCUUUACUGGCCGAAUCCUGGGAAGCUACCGCUGUUCGUCUACCUGGAGGAAUAUAAGACGCCGUUGGCCACUACGAACGACAUCUCAAAAGGUCCAAUUGUCCGCAGAUCGCCGCGUGCAGAAGGACACGAUAAGAACCCAAAGCCUGCCGACAAAGCAAUGAGACAGACUGAAGCAAGCAGCGCGACUGUUCGCACUGCCAUCCUCAAAACACUUGGCAAGCUACACUACUUCCGGGGCCAUCUACAGAUGCGCGUCAGGCUCGGUAGGUUCCUUGCGACUCAGUAUCGGGAACUCAAGGACACGGUAUGGGACCUGGACGAAUACGAGGACAUGACCCAGGAGUCUCAAUUCAUAGGUGAAGUGACUCAAGAGGUGGGGGAUGUGAACACGGAAAGCGCGCUCUUCGAUACCAUUCUGAACAGUGACGGCUUCCUUACGCCGUCUGAGGCGAUCUUGACCAAUCUCAAGGAUGUCCGACCCACGUAUACUGCCGUCUUCCAUUUUGCCGACCACGGCGGCGACAUCCGCCUUACCGUCGAUUGGCAGCAGACGCUCGAUACGACCAGAGCCCAUGUUGAAUUCGACAUGACUUCCAAGAAGUGGGUGCGGCUGGACAGAGAUACCGGCAUGCUCAAACCACUGCUGGACGCGAGUCUCACCGACCUCAGUACAAGUCUAGCUUGGCAAUUAGACGUGUCGGCCUCUACACAAGUCGUUGACGAAUGCAAUCUGCCUGAGCAGCUUGUCAGCUUCGCUAAGAACUUGCGAAUCGAACCGAAAGCAGUGCGCCACCAAGACGAUGCGGUGUUGUUCGUGCGCCGCAACCCUUACGCCAAGCUCAAGUCCUUCCGCCAGCAAAUUGGGUACCAGUACGCCAUUUGUGACUCCGACUACACGCUGGAAGUGUGUCGCUACCAAGAUCAGACAUUUGCGCCCCAUGAGCCACCUGUCAAUGAAAAGAUGCCGCCAACGAUAUACGAGCCACGCUGGUCUCUCAAUGUGUUCCGCAAGGAAUGGGACACGAGUUUCGCCAAGAACGAGCGCCUUCCGAUCGGGCAGGGUGUCGACUGGUCGGACGAUGUGACUUUCUGGUUCCCGUCGGACAUCGGACCUGGUGCACCACCAGUCGACGAGCACAACCCAUACCAAGGCUGGGAUCAACUUAUGGAUAAGCUCAUGCGGAUUCACGGCAUCGUAGCGGAGCUCAUGCAGGAGGUCUAGGCUGGGCACUUGGAAGAGGGGUCGGAGUGUUGAAGGUGAUUAUCACAUUCAUCAUCCACAUCGUAGACCUCAGCAAAUGUCUCGUGCUGACGGGCUUGCCUUUGUCGGUGCAUCGUACGUAUGGGGCAAGCCAAUUGCUCAUCGCUUUUUCCGUCGGGGCUGAGCCUGCAAUGGCUCACAUGUUGUGAAUACGGCACUUGGUGUACCUUCUGCGCUACACUCAUAGAGCCCAGCUACACCUCAACAUGGUGCCGGCCUGUCAAUAGCCGAUGUAUCGUAGACAUAAGGCUGGAUGAAGUGAGGUUGUCAUAGAAGCGAUCUACGUUCUCCGAGACAUGUUUGCGCCAGUGCCACAAUCGUCUGACAGAGAUAAGCUAAGCUGUUCUCGCUACCA